UUCAGCAUAAGUUGACAGUCAUUUUUUGCUGUUUAGCGUGAUUUUAGGAUGCUUUGUAUUGGCACAUGAAAACAACUUUGUGCUUUCUUUACAUCUUAAAAUCCCGUGAAUCGAACGCAGGUGUGAUCCAUCUUAUGUCAAAACAGGAAAUAUUCACACAAGAAACGAAAGCAUAAGAAACAAAAUCGUGACAAGGAGGAUAUGCCAGUGAAAGAUGAAGAUGCACUAAAGCAUGGUGGCUGGUGGAAAGUGAAACAAAUUGAAGAGAUGACUGGCUCCAUUGCAGUCGAAUUUGGCAACCAGACAUAUGUGAAAGCUUUAGACAAUGGACUGUUCACACUUGGGGCUCCACACAGUGAGGAAUUAAAAGUGGCCUGUGCAGGUGAAGGUCCAUCUCCUGAAGAGGUUCUAACAGCAUUCAACGUGAAUGACGUGAAAGUAGCCCUCAAGUCCGGAUAUGGAAAAUACCUUCGAGUCGACAAGGAUGGGGCUGUGACAGGACGCUCUGAUGCUGUUGGGCCAAUGGAGCAAUGGGAGCCCAUAUUUCAGGAUGGGAAGUUAGCGCUACUGGGAUGCAACGGUUGUUUUAUGUCUGUUGCCCCUGAUGACGACUCAGUGGUGGCAACUAGCAAGAAAGUCGGUUCAGAUGAGAUUGUAAAGGUUCGCUCACAUGCUGUUAAGGAAGUGACACCAGGCUCCAAACUGCCUGAGGAAGAAAAAGGAAGUCUUGCGCAGGUUGAGGUCAACUAUGUACGUAAGUUCCAGAAGUUCCAGGACAAGAAGCUACGUGUGAACAGAAGUGACAGGAGUGAACUGGAGCAAGCAAGACAGGAAGGAAACUUGCACGAGGCUUUGCUGGAUCGGCGCAGCAAAAUGAAGGCUGAUCGCUACUGCAAAUAGUUAGCAGUGACAAUAUAGUUCCUCCCAGUCAGAAUUUGAUGCCACUUUUGGGAAUGGUGAUAAACGCAAGUUUUAUUUAUGCAUAAAACAUAAUUUUGUUAUUACACCUACUGUGUCUGCUCAUUAUAGCAAAAAAAAAAAAAAAA